CACUCAUAUAAUCCUCCCCCUUCCUCCUUGUCGUCACAGCUAAACCCAAUCGCAUUCGCUCAACGCUUUCGCCAACCGACCAACCAGCCAGCCAGCCAGCUACCCAUCCGCCCAACCAGCCAACCAUCUAAUCAUUCAUUCAUUCAUUCAUUGACAGACGGCUACAAACGUGAACCGUGUCUCGGUCAUUUGUACCCUAGAUAUCCGGCGUUACGAGAUGGUGGGUUCAAACCCACGCACCAUCAGGUGCGUGGUAGUCGGCGAUGGGGCCGUAGGGAAGACGUCUAUGCUCCUUAAUUACACAACGAAAGGAUACAGUGCGGAUUAUGUACCAACAUUCUACGAUAGUUUCAACGUAUCAUUGUCAUGUGAAGAAGAAACAUACAAAAUGAAUCUCGUCGAUACAUCUGGACAGGGUCCGUCCAGUGAAUGCAAUAUGAACAAAAUCAACUUGGAGGAGCUGACCAGUGAUACUGGACUUCUGUUUGAAGUAGAUAAAGGGGAAAAUACAUACGCAGCAGAGGACAACAUCACUGAAGACACAUUCAACCUUGUCUACUCCAGACUGGACACAGAGAUAGCAUGCCUGAACUUUGACCAACUCAUGAAAACCAUGCAGGAUAUAUCUGGCAGCGGAGGUGUAUUCAAGGAAACAAAGCACCCAGGGUAUGGGCCUGGGAUCACAGAAAAUUCAGUGGUUGAAGUCCAUUAUGCUGGCUUCUUUGAAUACCGGGAUGAACCAUUUGAUUCCAGUCGUCUCCGUGACGAAACCUUCAAAUACCGUGUUGGAUCAGGCAAAGCCAUUCCUGGUUGGGAAAUUGCAUUGUUGACCAUGAAGAAAGGAGAAAUUUCCUGGUUUUUAAUCCAACCUGAAUAUGGUUUCCAGGAAACCGGCUGUCCACCAAGAGUACCUCGAAAUGCUACAGCGUUGUUUGAAAUUGAAAUUUUGUCCAUUUCUGAUCAUGUAAACGUAGGAGACUUCUUCCUAAUGUCUGAGGAAGAAAGAUAUGCCGUCACAUUUGAGUCCAUCUGCCAACUUGUUGGAACCUACAAGCAGGAAGGUUAUACAUUCUUCAAACAGAAUCAUUUCCAGAAAGCUGUUCAGAAAUACAACAAGGCAUUACAUAAGCUUGGAGAUUUCUCUGAAGCCCUUCGGAACCUGGCAAAAGCACAUAAACUACUCCCUAAGGAUCAAGUUAUCUUGGAGGAAAUUCAGAAGAUCAAAAGUGAUAGAGAAAAAUUUCAACUCGUCGAAUCCUACAUGUACCAAAAAAUGUUUUCGACCCUUGCCAAGGACCAACCGAUCCAGUAUCAGAAGACCAAGAAAACCCAACCAAAUGAAGAAGAAGUCAGUGAAGAAUUCUGUAAGAGUACAAAGGACUACAUAAGAGACUUCUUGGAAGACAAAGACCUGGCAGAUUGUUCAAUGCCAGCAUUUAAUUUAACGGAAGCAGAAAUGCAAUUUCUCUUGAAGACCAUCGACGACAAGGGUUUGAGAAUAUUACAGACUGAUUCGGGAGAAUGUCCCAACAUCAAGAUUGUGAAGCCAGACCGGAUUACAAUAAAAGAAAACCAAACAUUGUUAUUAUAACUACACCUUGUUGUCAUGACAACAGACAAUCCACAAUAGCAAUACAGAUAAAUUUCAUUUCUUUCUCAA